AUGACCAGUAUUCCGUUUGUGACAGACCUCUGGAGUAAGGUGGAAGGUGCCCCUGAGGACGCCAUCUUGGCUCUCAGUGCCAACUAUGCAAAGGACACAAACCCCAACAAAGCGAACCUUGGUGUGGGUGCCUACCGUGACGAGAACGGCAAGCCAUGGAUCCUUCCUGCUGUGCAGAAGGCCAAGGAACAGCUUGUGAAGGACCCGUCUGCGAACCAUGAGUACCUGCCUAUCCCAGGCUUCCAGCCGUUCCUGGAUCUCUCGGCUCGCCUCAUGUUUGGUGAGGACGCGAAGGUGAUCAAGGAAGGUCGUCUCGUGACCAACCAAACGAUCAGUGGCUCAGGUGCGAACCACGUCGGCGCGCGCUUCCUCGUGGAAAACUACCCCUUCCCAGCCGAGAAGUGCAUUUACCUCUCUGACCCGACAUGGCCGAACCACUAUGCCAUCCACGAAACGGCAGGCUUUAAGACCAAGACGUACCGCUACUACAACCCAGAGACACGCCAGUUGAACUUCGAUGGUAUGUACGAGGACCUGAUGAACAUGCCUGAUGGCUCGGUGGUCCUCCUGCAUGCUGUGGCGCACAACCCGACAGGUGUCGACCCCACGGAGGAGCAGUGGCGCAAGAUUGCGGACGUGUUUGCGAAGAAGCGCUUGUUUGCAUUCUUCGACUCGGCAUACCAGGGCUUUGCCUCCGGUGAGCCGGCGCGCGAUGCCUUCUCGGUGCGUCACUUUGAGGAGCGUGGCGAUAUCGCGAUGCUUGUUGCGCAGAGCUUUGCGAAGAACGCCGGUCUGUACGGUGAGCGUAUUGGUGCGCUGCAUAUUGUGACAGGCUCCAAGGAGCAGGCCGCGAAUGUGCAGAGUCAGGUCAAUGUCCUGCAGCGCAGCGAGAACAGCACGAUGCCUGCCUACGGUGCUCGUAUUGUGGCCAAGAUUCUCGGUGAGCCAGACCUGCGUGCUGAAUGGGACAGCAACAUUAAGACGAUGGCAGGUCGCAUUAUGGACAUGCGUCAAGCGCUGUGUGACCUACUCACGAACGAGUUCAAGACGCCCGGUACGUGGAACCACAUCGUCGACCAGAUCGGCAUGUUCUCGUACCUGGGUCUCGACAAGGAGCAGUGCCAGCGCCUCACCAAGGAGGGCCACAUCUAUCUCAUGCUUACGGGCCGUGUGAGUAUGGCCGGCUUCAACUCGAGCAACGUGAAGCACGUCGCUACUUGGAUCGACAAGGUCGUGCGUGAGAAGGAAACGAAGGCGAAGGUCUAA